UAGCCCGAGCGAAGCGAGGGCAAAAACCCUGAAAAAUGCGUUAAAAAAUAAUUGGAAAAAUCUUUGAAUUUUUCCAGUUGGUAUUUCAAAAUCCAGUUGGCAAGUUCAAGUUGAAAUUUUCAAAAUUUUCAUUUCUUCAGUUAGCACCUUUUUGCCAACUGAUGAGUGAGAAUCGCCAAUUUGCCAACUUUUUCCAUUUCGGACGCCUAGAGGGGAAGCAUUCCCCCCUAUCCCCCCUUCAGUAGGGCCCUGCAUUCUGCACCGUAUCAAUAAUUUGCAUCUUUGGCUGAUAAAAAGUACAUAAUUAACAAGGUUAGGUCUAAUUAAUUUUGUGGGUUUUUUUUCAAUUUUUUGUCCUAACAUGUCCAAUUUUUAUAAAAUUUACUAUCAUGACGUAAGUACACCUACUUAUUCUGAAAUAAAUUCAGCGAUUCUAGCUGAUCUCCAAGGGCAAGUUUCUUCUAUAUGCACCAUUGCACCAUGUGCAUCUCAGUGGUUUCUUGUUACUUGGUUGUGAAUUUAGGACGAAUUUACUAUUGCUUUGGGUUCAAUUUUUGGAAAAAUUAUUCUCCUAAGUUGUUUUCAGCUGGAGGAAAAUCGUUUUGUAAAGAAUUUGAGAGAUGAAAAUAACCGCGAUAAUAGUUCUAAGUGGGUAUUUAUUUUGUGCUUCGAGUGAUGCUCAGUAUUCUUGGACGAAUAAUACGUUCCACAGAUCUAUGUGUGGCAAAGCAGCUUGCGAGGAAUUAGUGAUAGAAACGGUGGCAGGUAAAAUUCAAGGCAGAGCUUUCCAGUCAGUUUUGAAUAAAGCAGAAUAUUACGCAUUUCUUGGAAUACCUUACGCUAAACCGCCAGUGGGAUAUUUACGGUUUCAAGUUUCUCAACCCGUUGACCAUUGGCAUGGUAUAUAUCCGGCUUAUCACGAGAAACGCAAUUGUCCACAAAUAUACCUUCUAAGCGAUCUUAUAGGACUGAAUGCUGAAGAUUGUUUGUAUUUGACUUUUUACACUCCACAAAUUCCUCGAAAAAUUGUUUCUCUUAAACCGGUGAUCGUUAAUAUUCACGGAGGAGCUUUCGUCGCUGCAAGUGGGUCAAAGCUGUUCUAUUCACCUGAUUAUCUGAUCAUUAAAGAUGUCGUUGUCGUGUCCUUUAAUUAUCGCCUAGGAGUUCUAGGAUUUUUGAAUCUGGGAAUACCCGAAUGUGCGGGGAAUAUGGGUUUGAAGGAUCAAGUGAUGGCUUUGAAAUGGAUACAGCAAAAUAUAGCGAGAUUUGGAGGUGAUCCGAAAAACAUUGUAAUUUCAGGAGAAAGUGCAGGAGGAGCUUCAGUUCACUUUCAUCUCGUGUCACCCAUGUCCAGAGGACUUUUCCAUAAGGCAAUCGUAAGAAGUGGCACAUCUUUGAGUCCUUGGGCUCUCACUUAUAAUCCUAUCGUUCAAGCAUUUGAAAUUGGUGAACUAUGCGGAUAUCGUGGUAAAGAUCGGUACAAGCUAUUGAAGCAUUUGAUGACGAAACCAUUCUCGGAUAUUUCGGCCGCAGCUUUGUCAUGGUUUUUUCAUUACAGAAAAGUUUAUCCCGCAAGGCCUUUGAUAAUCGGGCCUUCUGUUGAGAUGGAUCCCAAAGGAGCCUUUUUACCAGACUUUCCUUCAAAUUUGAUCAAAUCAGCGAUCCCAGUUCCUACUAUUUUCGGAUUCAAUAACAAAGAUGGAAUCUUCAUAAUUAUAGUUGUAUUCGGAUAUUUUUAAUUAUUACGUUUACGAUUCGAUGCAAUUUCUCGUCAACUCCUCAACCCCUCCGUUUGUCUACUGUUUCGCGUAUCCGGGCAAUUUAAACUUUUUCAUGAAAACCUUGAAUACGUUUAAAGGAACAAAACUAAACGGUGCUGCUCAUGGUGACGAUCAUUUUUAUGCCUAUCAUUCCUCCUUUUUGUCCAAUCUGAUGCCCAUCGACAGUGAAAGUAGAAGAAUUAUCGAUCGUAUGACUACAACUUGGACAGAUUUUGCCAAAACAGGCAAUCCAUCCGGAUUUGUCGAAUGGAAAGCGUCAACUUCGAAACAACCUCGUUACUUGUUGAUUGAUCGGAACUCAAAAAUGAUGAGUGGUAAAGUUUACGGUUGGAAGUUCGAUUUUUUAAGGAAUACCUACGUUGGAUUCAGUCAUAAAACCGGGAACUCGUCCUUACGAUAUUUUUUAAUUACAUUGUAUACUUUUUAUUCACUUUUUUAUCAGAUUAUGUAUAUUUUAACAUUUAGUAUCUAUCAUAAGACGAAGAAAAUCUUACUCAAACUGUUCAAAUUAAUGUUCGAUUCCUUUCACUCCUCUAAAUUAAA